AAUACUUUAGUAUAGCUCGGAAACUUCAGCGCGCAUCAACAUGGUUUCUGCCAAAUUGCUACUCUUCACUGCCUUGUUGGCCGUCAUGGCCGCCAACAGCUCUGCUGGCCUGCUGGAUUAUGUCUUUCCUACUCUUAUGACGGAGUUCUACAACCAGGCUCCCACCAAAGAGGGUUACCGUUUCUCGCAAGAGGAGCCUAAUGGCAGCAAACGCGAGGAAAUGGGUGUGAUCAUGAAUCCUGGAACCCCGGAUGAGCAGUUGGUGGUCAUGGGUACCUACUCCUCCUACGAUGAGAAGACUGACACUGAAACUGUGACGAUGUACACCGCCGACAAGGAUGGCUACAAGUCCCGCUACCAAAUCAAGAACCGCAAGCUGAGCCCUGGAGCUCUCAAGUCCGCCGCCGGUUAA